CAAUAUAAGUUUACAAGCACCAAUCGUCAGCACCACUUCAGCAAAAGCUCCUUGUCCCCCUGAUGAUAAUUUGAGCAAUGUCGACAGCUCAGGAGCAGCUGCUGAGGUGUAGCAUGCACGAAGCUCAGCGUCAUAACUGUGGGCAUGAGGAACCCAGCCGGUGCGUGGCAGCGUUUGCCUCGCCCAAACCCGAGGCGGUUGCUGCGCCUUCUCCCGGUGCUCAGCCCCCUGGUCGGCCGACCUCCAGGGCGGUGCCGGCGGCAGCGCGUCCCAAUGGUUUCAUGACGGCAGCCUGCUGAACACGAGCUGCUCAGCAGAAUGCAGCGACGCGCGCGACACCCUUUCCGCUUUCUCUUCAGUCUGGGCCCCGCACCUCCUGCCCGCCUCAGCCGCCUCGUGCAGCAUUGGCGGCGCCCUGCGUGCGCGUGUCGCACUCACGGACGGCCACCACACGGGCGAUCUCUGGCCGUCCUUGUCAGGGUGGCGCGACACCUCAUUGACUGAAAGGGCAAAGGGCGCGGCGCCUGCCUGCCUGCCUGCCUGCCUGGUUUCAGCGCACUCGAGCCACAGCGCACGCUCCAGGCAGCGCAGGCCCGCCGGCCUCCACGGCCGGCCUCCCACUACUGCAAUACAACGGAUGGACACUGCAGAUGGGCGCGCCUCUGGGUGUGCUGUUGCCCGACCCUGCAGCAGGCGCCAGCACAGCAGCAGCCUACAGAGCCUGGCAGCAGCCGCAUCCAGCUCGUCACCGUGUAUAGUGCGUGCGGACAGCGCUCGCAGCGUUUCAUCGUGUGCCUGCUGCGCUGUACGGCGCGGGUGCUUGGCUGCGGUCCAGCCGCCGGAUGGACAUUGCCCGGAUGGCCCGGAUGGAUGCCCCGUGGACAGCAAGGUGGCCCGCGGCGGCGAACCACGUGGGCCGGUUAGGUGCGACCGCACCUGACGGGCACCCCUGACGGGCACACCUGACGGGCACCCCUGACGGGCACGAGCGAGCUGCUGGUGCUUGAGGGGUAGAGGUUGUGGAGGGGGAAGGUGAGGGAUGUGGACUGUGGGACAGAAGUAGCUGGGCACGCGCGACCUCAUUUGUUCGGGGAUGAGGUUUCAGAGGAUGGGGUUUUGCGCAUUGGUUUGCACUAUUGGCAUUGGCGCUGUUCGUCUGCGUGCAUCGUCAGGACAAGGGGACGAUCUGGCG